CUUGAUAGGAUGCUGCGGCGCUCCUCAAAUCGGGGGGUCCUCAAGAAUGCCACUUCACCAAUCCUCCCAUCAGUUGCUGAACAUGCUCUCAAGUAUGCCUUGAUCGACGAUUCUUCGGCUCCACGGAUUAGUGCCCUUGACAUAUGUGGUAAUCUACGGGUUGUUCGCUGUCAACCAAAUGGCUCCGGUAACUUGAUUAUUACCGUGGCCAACGAUUACCCCUUUACGAUGCCUCCAGCCAAAAGCCAGACGCCAGCUGUCGCAACUAUCAUUGAAGAAACUACACCUGAUGCUCUUCGUGGACCUUUGUAUGAUGUAACUACAGCUAAAGCAAGCUCGGAGCUGAUGAUGGCAACUUAUGACAAUUCUCUUAUUCGUGUUCCAAGCGGCGUGGUGGAACUCAGCCAAUCCGAAGAACUGGGAAGCAUACUAAGUGCCUAA